UGGCUCAAGCAGUGUUUAGAGAUGAAUCCAUGGGCAGGGUUGGACUAAACAAUUUUGCACUUUUAAGGGGUGAGAGGGGCCCUUAGAGAGCGUCCACUAUGUUUGCUAACAAAACCAAAACUUUUAAUUCCAGGAAGUAGCACAUUAAGUUUUCUUCAGGAAAACGGAAACGGAUGUUCUCUGAUCUCUGAGUGUGAUUAGUCGCGUUGUGUAUAAUUAGGCGGUGGAGCACCUCUGAUAGAAAGGCAGCGAGUGAUUGCAGUUUUUGGGGGAUUAAUCUAUUUUCAAACAGGAGCUCUCGUUUAAUGGUUAUAACUUGGCAGUAAUCACAUAGAAAGAUGUCAGAUAUCGGGGACUGGUUCAGAAGCAUCCCUUUCAUCACCCGGUCCUGGUUUGCUGCCUCGAUUGCUGUUCCCUUUGUUGUAAUACUGGGAUUGGUAGAUUUCAGGAACCUCAUGCUGUUUCCAGAGCUCUUCUUCAACAGAUUUCAGCUCUGGAGACCAGUGACGGCCGCCUUGUCUUUCCCAGGAGUUCUUGGGUAUAUGUACCUGGUCAACCUGUAUUUCCUCUACCACUACUCCACUCGGCUAGAGACAGGGGCGUUUGAUGGCAGGCCUGCAGACUAUAUCUUCAUGCUCCUCUUCAACUGGAUCUGCAUUGUUAUAAUUGGGCUGCUCAUGAACAUGCGGCUGCUGAUGAUCCAACUGAUCAUGUCAGUGAUCUACGUCUGGGCUCAGUUCCACAAAGACACGGUUGUGUCCUUCUGGUUCGGAACACGAUUCAAGGCACAUUAUUUACCUUGGGCCAUCCUGAUCUUCAACUUUAUUGUCAGAGGCUCGUUUGUAAAUGAACUGACGGGGAACCUGGUGGGUCACCUCUACUUCUUCCUCAUGUUCAAAUACCCCAGGGACCUGGGAGGACGCUCCUUCCUCUCCACACCAGAGUUCUUGUAUCGGUUGUUCCCCAACAGGAGGGGAGGGGUGUCAGGUUUUGGAGUCCCUCCCAACAGACCAGCUGCCCAGGAGCAGGGAGGAGGAAGUCACAACUGGGGCCAAGGCUUUCCUCUGGGGGAUGAAUAAGCUGAGACAAGAAGAGAGAGAGGUACACCCCUCUCCUCCCUUUUGCUAACACAAGAAACACUGUUGCAGUUGAUGUUUCUUUUUUAAAAUAUAACUUGUUUAUUGAAAGCAUGAGCGAGUCUGUGAGCGUAUUUAUCAAACUAACCACGUUUCCUUCAUGCAACACUUUAAUUUUCUUCCCUCACGUCAGGAGAGCUCAGCCAGUCAUGUCCCAGUGUGGCUGGUUGAGAAUCAGUGUGACUGUAUGUUAAAUAUUCAAAUAGGGCUGACACUAACUACUGUGACACAAACAUAACCAAUUAAUCUGCCAAAUAUUUUUUGUUAUUAAUCACUUGUUUUAUACAUGUCAGAAUCUGGUGAAAAACACUUUGCUUGUUUGGUCAGGUGACAGUCCAAAACCCAAAGAUAUUUAUUUUACUGUGAAAUAAAACAAAGAAAAGCUGAAACUCUUCCACCACGUAGAAAUCUAAAUCAAUUUUCAGGUGGUCUGGACUGACUGUACAGAAAUCAACCAGGUGGAAGAACAGACAUGUUGACAUAAAAUGGCCAUAGCUAGUAUUGAUAAGAAAUGUGGCUAUAGUAAUGACAAUGACUGGACCACAAUAUUUGUCAUAAUUCCCAUGAGGCUGACUAAUGUAAAGCAAAUCCUUGUUAUAAAAUAGUGAUAAACAACUGUCUCCUGUUUCUAGUGAUGUCAAAGACAUGUUGCCAUAGUGAUCUCCAGCCAGGAAGGAGUCUCCUGUGGUGUCAAGGCCACAUGGAGGAAACCACCAACACUAACACACUGAGGGAGAUAAAUAACACACCUUAGUAGGGGGAAAUACACUCAAACAGUAACUCAGGUGAAAAGCAACACAUUUCAGUGAAUCGUGGCUGCUCUCUAGUGGUUACACUACACCCUGAAAAUAAAGUGGCUGAACAAAAACAGUAACAACAACCCCUCUUAAGAGACAUCCUUUGGGAGUACACAGCAUUACAGCGUAUAAUGUUAUAUAUAGAGUGUUUGUCAUUCAGGUGUUUACAGUUCAUACUUGUAUGAAUGUACGAUGGGUGCAACAAGUGGGACUGUACAUAACUACAUUGGAACAAUGUUAUUUCAGGCUCAGAUUUAUAAGUUACAGAAACAUCUUCCAGCACAGUCCAGUCAAAGGUGUCACUCCCCGCAGCGCAGUAGUAUUGUUUCUCAGUAAUCAUUGAGCUAUACUUCCUCUUAUUUACAUCAACUCCAUUCUUCACUUCACUUGCUCGACCCUCAGUCUCCACAGGUGGCUGCUGUAGUAAGAAAAGUAGCAUCAGUUUGACACGCCUGUUGGGUCGCUGGCUGCCUCCGAAUGGUCCAGCGGGAGCACUUGCAAAUAUCACAGGAAGUAAUGUAAUAAUGCAAAACAAAACCAAAAUAUAUUGCUUUGACACAAUAAAAUACAUCCGGUUCUAAUAUGCUCCUUUCAAAUUAAGAGCACGAUAUAGUUUAAUAUAAUAAUAAUACUUUUCAAAAUAAAUGAACUGAAGAAAAUUUGACAUGACUCGAGCAGAAAUGUAAUGUUUCUCCAUAAUCA